AUGGCCUUCCCAACUCCAAACACCAACCACAUCAUGGCCUCCUGUGCAAUUAGUGAACCUUCCAUUUCUGGUUACUCUCCUCCUUCUUUCAGACCUCUCACAUUGCCCGUGCCAGACUGGAGUAGCGAUUCAUUGAGCCAGAGGCCCAGUAUUGCUUCUGUAAUUGCACCUGCGACCACCGCUCCCAGGUUUAAACAGAGCAAAACUUUGGCCAGCGUGUGGAGAGAGAUUCAUGGUUCCAAAAACUGGGAUAAUCUCCUGGAACCCUUGAAUCCUCUGCUCCGAGACGAGAUCAUACGAUAUGGUGAGUUAAUCACCGCCUGCUACAAGGCCUUCAAUCUCAACCCAGGCUCGAAACGUUACUUGCAUUGCAAGUAUGGGAGGAAGAAUAUGUUAGGAGAAGUUGGAAUGGUGGACUCUGGGUAUGAAGUCACUCGGUAUAUCUAUGCCACACCCGGUAUCAGCAUCCCCAUUGACAAUGGGAAUUGUUGCAGCCGUUGGCUUGGAUAUGUGGCAGUUUCCUCCAGCGAAGAAGUUAAAAAGCUUGGAAGGAGAGACAUUGCUAUAGUAUUCCGGGGAACUGUAACAAACCCAGAGUGGAUGGCAAACUUCAUGAGCUCACUCACUCCGGCAAGGCUAGAUCCCAUUAAUGACAGACCAGAGGUAAAGGUGGAGUCAGGAUUUCUAAACUUGUAUACUUCGGAUGACAGUGAUGGCAAGUUUGGGAUCAGGAGUUGCCGCGAACAGCUUCUUUCUGAAGUAUCAAGAAUUAUCAACAAGUAUAAAGGAGAGGAGUUGAGUAUUACCAUUGCAGGACAUAGCAUGGGCAGCUCAAUAGCUCUUCUUCUGGCUUAUGAUAUAGCAGAGCUUGGUUUGAAUCAAUGCUCCUCAGAGCAGAAGAUACCCAUCACAGUCUACUCCUUUGGAGGACCUAGAGUUGGAAAUUCAGGUUUCAAGGAGCGGUGUGAGGAGUUGGGAAUAAAGGUUUUAAGAAUUGCAAAUGUCAAUGACCCCAUCACUAACCUUCCAGGGAUCAUUUUCAAUGAAAAUUUCAAGUUUUUUUGGGGGAAAUAUGAACUUCCAUGGAGAAGUUCAUGUUAUACACAUGUGGGCGUUGAGUUAACUCUUGAUUUCUUCAACAUGCAAAACCCUUGGAGUGUUCAUGAUUUGGGAACAUACAUCAAGUUACUGAAAAGCCCUGGGAGAGUGCAGCGCCGAAAAAGUAGGAUUGAUAUGGUGGAGAAGGCUAGGAAUUAUCUGUUGGGUAUGAAUAGUAUGGAAACCUGGCAAUGGAUAAACCUCAUCUUCUGA